AAUUUCAACCACAAAAUGACAGAAAUAUUAAGAGGAGAGACACCCGAAGAUAUUAAUCAGAAAUGUCUGGACGUUUGCCACCGAUAUAUGGACGGCAUUUGGAGAGACAUAACUACGGAUCAGCUGAGUGUGAGUCGGAUUAGCGGCGGUUUUACAAACCUUAUGUUCCGGUGCUCUUUGACGGGCGGCGCCGAACCCGUGGCCGACGAACCCCGGGAUGUGUUCGUCCGCUUUUACGGACCGAAAUGGAUUCCGGAAACCGAAGCCGACGAACGGCUUUCAGACGUUAUCGUCAAUCUGUUGGCGUCGGAGCACGACUUGGGACCCAAAAUAUACGGCAUAUUCAGCGACGGUAUGAUUGGACAGUACAUCCAUAGCCAUCACAUGAGUCUCGACGACCAAAAGAAUCCGCAAUUAAUUCGGGAAUUCGCGCGAAAACUGGCCAAAUAUCACGCCUUACGAGUGCCGACCUCUCGGGACACUCUUGACUGGCAUCGGCGGACAUUUGAAGACUUUUACAAUCGGGCGCAUAAAGUGACGCCCGGAUUGGACCAAAUGCUUCGCGAAGUCGGUGCCAACAACUUCUUGGACAACGAUCUCCGCGAAGAGAACCAAUGGCUGCACCGGUGUAUAGACGCCAUCGGAUCGCCAACUGUCUUCUCCCACAACGAUAUCUUCGCCGGUAAUAUACUGGUCAACAAUCAGAUCCGAGAGGACAGUGACACCAAUGUCACCUUGAUCGAUUUUGAGUACUCGUGUUAUUUGCAACGGGGUUUGGAUUUGGGCUUUUUUGUUAACGAGUUCGGCCGCACUGCCAAUUGGGCCGAUCGGCAAAAGUUGCCGCUACCGGACGACCAAUGGAUACGCGAACUGUUGGGUCACUAUUUGGACGAAUCGGUUCGAAUCCAUGGCCAAGAGUACGCCCAGAAGCCCGAGAAUCAGAUGGACUAUCUGUUACGGGAAGUGAAGUUUUUUGCGUUAGUGGAGGACAUGUUUAUAAUCGUGUUUUUCUACUUCACGGCCGACGAAAAACGGUGGCAAACGUCCAGACAUUUAAUUUCAAUGUCUUCGGGUGUCUCUCCUCUGUAUAUAUCUGUCAUUUGUGUUGAGUUUAAAGUUAUUGUGAAA